AUGCCUGGACGCAACAAAGAUGAGAAGCUGUGCAGUAGCAGCACAAAGAGAAGAGGAGUAGAAUCAACAAACUUUCAGAGGUGCAAAAAAUGCCAUUUCACCCAACCUUCUCUCGAUGCAACCAACAGGUCUUGGUUGCAGGACACUGCAGGCAGCAGAAGGGCUCGUUGCCUCACUCCAAGUUUGCGCAAUCCUAACACUGAAGGAAACUCCGUCAUAUGCCUACUUCAAAGGGACCUUAGACUUCAAGAUAACUGGGCUCUGUUAUUUGCUCAGGAUGUCGCAAUUACCUUAGGGACACCUUUACAUGUUCUUCACCUGGUCGUACCUGGGCACACCUUCCAGUGGACAAGUCGUCACGUUGAUUUCCAUCUGAAAGGUUUAGAGGAGUUUGCUGCGGGGUUGGCGGCUCACAACAUUUCCUUCCACUGCCAUCCCGUCGUCCAGACAGACGCUGUUGCUGGCCUAAGAGAGGCUGGGGAGCAGCUCAAAAAGAUAGUGGCGCAGUUGAAACCCCGCCUGGCAGUUUGUGACCUUAUGCCACUGAGACUCCCCACCGAGCUGGUGAACCAGGCAACGGAAAUCUGCCAGCACGAAGGCCGAUGCCCCCUGUACCAAAUAGAUGCGCAUAACGUUGUACCUGUUUGGUUGGCCUCCGAAAAGCAGGAAUACUCUGCCCGCACCUUUCGGCCACGCGUCAUGCGUCUCUUGAGCGAGUUUGACUGCGAAUUCCCGCCCAUCAAACCUCACCCCAUCAGGUACGGGCGGCCAACAGGUUUAAGCUUCAGCGCUUCGGAUAUACUCGAACAGCUGAAGGCCGAUAAUCGCGUGCAGCUUCCUCACUGCUGGAGGCCCGGUGCGGCUGCGGGCCUGGAAGCAAUGAAAGUGUUCUGCACAGUGCCCAAACUUCUGGCGUACACUUCGCGAAACAACCCCGUAUUGGACUCGCAGAGCGGGCUCUCUCCAUGGCUGCAUUUUGGACAGAUCAGCGCUCAGCGCUGUCUUGCAAGUGUCAAGGAUAUGGGACCUGCGACGAAGAUUGGGGCCACUGCAGCUGCGGCGAGGGCAUCUUUUAUUGAAGAGCUUGUGGUCCGAAGAGAGCUCGCCGAGAACUUCACAUUCUAUAACAGCAAGUACAACCAGAUAACAGGGGCCCCCAUAUGGGCGCAGGAGACGCUUGCAGCUCACAAAAAUGACAAGCGAGAGCAUCUAUAUUCCCUUUCGCAGCUUGAAGGCUCCAAGACACAUGAUGAACUCUGGAACGCGGCGCAGUCACAGCUGGUCCACACGGCGAAGAUGCACGGUUUCCUUCGGAUGUACUGGGCAAAGAAAAUCCUGGAGUGGACGCCGUCAGCUGACAUCGCUCUCAAUACCGCAUUGCUACUGAACGACAAAUUUUCACUAGACGGAACCGACCCCAAUGGAGUUGUGGGAUGUAUGUGGAGCGUUGCAGGGGUGCACGACCAGGGUUGGGCUGAACGGCCAAUCUUUGGCAAAAUCCGAUACAUGAACUUGGCCGGUUGCAUGCGAAAAUUUUCCGUUGAUGCGUUUGUCAGAUGUGUACGGGAGAUCGUAAGUAGACACGCAAAGAAGGGAACCAAGAACUGCAACACUUAA